AUGGGGGAAAAUCAAUUGUCCACAAACGAGGCUGCAUCUGCAAGGCAGAAGAAAGUGGACGAGUGGUUGCCAAUAACGUCUUCCAGAAACGCUAAAUGGUGGUAUUCCGCGUUUCACAAUGUCACAGCCAUGGUCGGUGCUGGUGUACUCAGCUUGCCCUAUGCCAUGUCCAACCUAGGAUGGGGACCUGGAGUGACAGUCAUGAUUAUAUCAUGGGUGAUAACGUUUUACACCAUAUGGCAAAUGGUGGAGAUGCACGAGAUGGUUCCAGGGAAGAGGUUCGACAGAUACCACGAGCUGGGACAGCACGCAUUUGGAGAGAAGCUUGGACUAUGGAUUGUGGUGCCACAACAGCUAAUUGUUGAAGUAGGUGUGAACAUUGUGUACAUGGUGACGGGAGGAAAGUCAUUGAAAAAAAUCCAUGACCUUCUUUGCACCGAUUGCAAAGAGAUAAGAACUAGCUUUUGGAUUAUGAUCUUUGCUUCCGUACACUUUGUUCUCUCUCACCUUCCUAAUUUUAACUCCAUAUCUGGUGUCUCUCUCGCUGCAGCCGUUAUGUCCUUAAGCUACUCAACAAUUGCUUGGGGAGCCUCCGUGAAGAAAGGGGUACAACCAGAUGUAGACUACACGUUUAGAGCCACGACGAGUUCAGGAAAAGUGUUCAACUUCAUGAACGCACUAGGAGAUGUGGCAUUUGCAUAUGCUGGUCAUAAUGUGGUGUUGGAGAUUCAAGCUACUAUUCCUUCAACUCCCGAGAAACCAUCUAAGAUCCCAAUGUGGAGAGGAGUGGUUGUUGCCUACAUCGUGGUUGCCAUCUGCUAUUUUCCUGUUGCAUUUGUUUGCUACUAUAUUUUUGGAAAUAAUGUGGAUGACAAUAUUCUUAUGUCACUGGAGAAACCAACUUGGCUUAUCGUCAUGGCUAACUCAUUCGUGGUUAUUCAUGUUAUUGGAAGCUAUCAGAUAUUCGCAAUGCCGGUUUUUGAUAUGCUUGAAACCUUUUUGGUAAAACAAAUGAUGUUUGAUCCUUCCUUCAAACUCCGUUUCAUCACUCGAACUUCAUAUGUUGCUUUAACCAUGUUCAUUGGCAUAUGCAUUCCAUUUUUUGGUGGAUUACUCGGCUUUUUUGGAGGAUUUGCCUUUGCCCCAACAACUUACUACCUGCCAUGCAUAAUGUGGUUGAUUCUCAAGAAACCAAAGAAGUAUGGAUUGUCUUGGUCUCUUAACUGGUUCUGCAUAGUGGUCGGCGUACUAUUAACGAUCGUAGCUCCCAUUGGUGGCCUCAGAACCAUUAUCAUGUCUGCCAGUGACUACAAGUUCUUCUCUUGA